AACGGCGCUAAAAUUCAAUCGUGCGUAACCUUUCUCUAAGUUUUCGAAUAAACACUCAUGUGGUGUAUUUCUUGACUAAAUACCGGAUUAUAAAUCAAUCUAGUCGUGUCAUUAUUAUUAUUAUCAUUGUUAUUUCUGUUAGCAAUUGAAAAUUCUCCCACACUUUAAAAUACACCGACAUGUUUAGUCGUGUUCCGUUAACUGAUGAUUUUAAUCAUUUGGCAUUAUGUGCUAGAGCAAGUUUAUCUCAUCAAGCUGAAAAGAAAAUUCAUUCAAUAUUAAACUGUGGACAGUUAUCGUUUAGAAGUAAUUUAUGCAAUUCUAAAGAUGAAAUUGUGCAUAUUCAACAAAUCGUUACAGCUAAUAAUCAUAUUAAUAAUAACAAUGCAUUAACUAUUUUACCCACUAACAAUAAUAUUGAUAACAUUACUAAUACUAAUACUACUACCAGUAAUAAUAUUAGUAAUAACAAUAAUAUCCAAUCAAAUCAAUGUGUAACUGCAAAUCAUCAUUCAUCUAAUUGUAGUGAACGCGUUAAACGUCAUCACUGUACAGACUGUUCGAAAUCAUUUUAUCGUGCCAGUGACCUAGUGAAGCAUCGUCGUACGCAUACAGGUGAAAAACCAUUCGCAUGUUUACAAUGCGGUCGUGCAUUCGCAGAUUCGAGUAGUCUCUCCGCCCAUAAACGAAUACAUACUGGUGAACGGCCAUAUCAUUGUUGUGAAUGUGGUAAAAAUUUCUCCGUAUCAAGUAGUUUAGUAAAGCACAGACGUAUACAUACUGGAGAACGACCAUAUAGAUGUGAAUUCUGCGGUAGAGCAUUUUCAGAUAAUAGUAGUUAUAGUGCACAUAAAAAACGUAGUCAACGUUGUACACCUAUUGUGAUGAAUACGCCCAAUAUUCUUGGUAAUAAUAUUAAUAGCAAUGUCGGAGACUGCGAGAAAAACAAAUGUGAAGGUUGUGCUUUUCUUGAUGCACACACACAAGCAGUUAUACAUCCUGCGGGAGCUGCUGCAAAAGCUGCGGCCGCAGCCGCUGCUAACGCUGCUGCCUCUGUAUCUGUUGAACACUUUUUAAAUAAUCCAAAUACUGUUGUUAUGUCUAAAAUAGACGGAAGUAAUGGUUUCUGUCCGAAUUCAUUGAAUUUAGCAUUUCCUAGUCCACAAAGUACGAAUAAUAUUCAAGCUACUGCUUUAACAUAAAUAUUAACGUAAAGAAAAAAGAUAUUAUCACUAUUCUACAAAACUGUACGUAUAAAUUUAUAAUAUCUAUGUGUAGAAGUGGUUUUCUUCAUUAUUUUCAACGUGUUGCGGAGGUGGGAGAGCUUACUGUCUAUUUUAUACUUAGAAAUAUUGAAGUCAUUUAAAACUUUAAAACAGGCUUGAAUUUGCUGUGACAAAUGUUGCUGUUGUUUUCGAACUUCAAAUUAUAAUUGUCUCUUUAGCUGACGUUUUGUUGUUCACUUUACUGCACAACUUGUUGUAAGUAUUCAUUUUGAUAAGUAAUUAAAUAACUAAUAUGUCCACUUGAUAAUUUGGAUAAAGCAGCAGAAUUUAGAAAAUAUUUAUAAAUAUCAUAUUGUAUCUUUUUCUAUCUGUACGUUUGUUUUCCCCUUGUUGUGUAUCAUUAUUAUUAUUAAUCACACCAUAUGAUGACUGUAACAUCGUCUGUUUUUUGUGUGUUUGAUUCUCACCUUUUUCACUUUCUUCUGACUUUCAUGUCAUGCAAAAUAAGUUUUCUUUGUUUGUUACAUAAUACUAAUUUAUGUGUAUUUAUUUAUCGUGUAUUGAUAAUAUCCGCAUUAUUUAUUGGCUACCCUUUCCUAUCUCUUUCAUGUAUUUAAUGCUUAUUAUUGUAUAUUUUCAAAUAUUACUGAAAUAACGCGUUGAGGAAGACAAAGAAGUUGACUGACUUUUUGUCCAUUCCCCAGUCAUAGUUGUUUGUUUGAAAUUUCCUAAUACGUUAUUCAAGUGGAUUUUAUUAUUAUUGUUAGUAGUAGUAGUUCGUUUACACAAUUUUAUAAAUUAUUUUCAAGGUUUAAAGGCUAAUUUAUUAGUCUUUGAAUGUGUAUACAUUAGUUAUGCUUUGUUUUAUAUGCUGAACCUUUCAAACUC